CUGUUAGGAAGUUCUUUCUGGAGUCGUGGUCAUAACAAGUAAGGACACAGUCCAGCACCAAGGUAUCUCGUUAACAAUGGAAGGAUCAGUAAAUCUGCAGCUUAGUGCCAAAAGUGUGGGUGUGUUCGAAGCUUUCUAUAAUUCUGUCAAGCCUAUUCAAAUUAUUAACAGCACUAUUGACAUGGUAAAACCAGGGAAACUUCCCAGUGGCAAGACAGAAAUUCCAUUUGAAUUUCCAUUGCAUAUGAAGGGGAACAAAGUUCUGUAUGAGACGUAUCAUGGUGUCUUUGUUAAUAUUCAGUAUACCCUACGGUGUGAUAUGCGACGUUCUCUGCUGGCAAAAGACCUAACUAAGACUUGUGAAUUCAUUGUCCACUCACUGUCACAGAAAGGGAAACUCAUGCCAAGCCCAGUAGACUUCACAAUUACUCCUGAAACUUUGCAAAAUGUUAAAGAGAGAGCUUCACUUCCAAAAUUUCUCAUCAGAGGUCAUCUCAGUUCUACAAACUGUAUCAUUACACAGCCACUAACAGGGGAGCUGGUAGUGGAGAACGCAGAGGCUGCAGUCAAAAGCAUUGAGCUGCAGUUAGUACGCGUGGAAACCUGUGGGUGUGCGGAAGGUUAUGCCAGAGAUGCCACAGAGGUACAGAAUAUUCAGAUCGCUGAUGGAGAUGUCUGCCGGGGCCUACCGAUUCCUAUCUACAUGGUGUUUCCCAGGUUGUUCACCUGCCCUACCCUGGAAACAACAAACUUCAAAGUUGAGUUUGAAGUUAACAUUGUUGUCCUUCUGCAAGAUGAUCAUCUCAUCACAGAGAACUUCCCACUGAAGCUCUGCAGGAUGUAAAUAGUCAGAGGAGAAUCACUUCAGGAUUUACUGAAAAAGGACAAAAUUCUUCAGAGGCAAAGAAGUGAGAUUUUAUCCAUGUCUUACUUUGACUGAAAACACAUCACUUCCUUCUCCCUGCUGGCAGUUCUUGUGCUUUCAGUUCUCUAUAAAUCUU